GCCCUCCAGCCUGCAUCUGAUCGUCAUUCAGAGGUUUCCCCCCCUGCUGCAUGCGUAACAUCUCCCCGAGUCCAGCCGCGGUGCUCACCAACACCUCGCCGCUCGGCUCUCAUCUUCCCACACGGAAUACGCACGACUCCCACGUAGCGAAACCAAACGGCACAGGAUUCACCUCCGCGGGUCCAGUCCCGAGCGAAACCAGGCUGGGAUUUCCUCUCAUCGUUUGAUAUUUGACAGAUCUGCUUUUUUUGUCGCGCGCGCGCGCGCCUGUGUGUGUGUGUGUGUGUGUGUGAGUGUGUGUUGGGUGGAGUCGACCCGGAAUUCUCCAAAUUGGAAAAACCAUUGGCAUAUUUCAGGAGCACCAUGAAGGACGGUAUCGCAAACAACAGCACGGCCAGCAUCUCCCAGGCCAGGAAAGCUGUGGAGCAGCUGAAGAUGGAGGCCUGCAUGGAUAGGAUAAAGGUCUCCAAAGCGGCUGCCGACCUGAUGGCGUACUGCGACGCCCACAUACGCGACGACCCCCUCAUCAUGCCCGUCCCCGCCUCCGAGAACCCCUUCCGGGAGAAGAAGUUCUUCUGCAGCAUCCUCUGAUGAGCUGCCCGCUCGUGCUGUAUGGGUGCAGGCAUGGCGCUGCCUGUCUUCUCCGUCUUCACCACACCUGAAGCUACCGGCCGUUGGCGUUGAGUUGAGGUUUGCCAGGUGGACACUCUGUUGUUGGUCAGCUCUGUCCUGGUGGCUGAAGGUUUUGGGGGAGUCAACCACCAAACUGGCAACCCAAUGAGCGUACCAUGUCUUGUUAAAUAGGUUUGUUAUUGCUUUGUUAUUAGAGAACAGCCUUGCUCAGUGCUUAAUGAGAUGAGAGAUGUUUUUUUCUUUUUUCUUUUAUUGUGCUAGAUCUUAACAUGCCUCAGGAAACAGAAAUUUGCCCAGUGUCUACAACUUCUUAAAAAUAUCUAUUUCCCUUCCCUCCACCCGGAUAAAAGAAGCAUUCAUCUUUGUAUUAUCUUCACCCUAUCUUGAGUUAGUUUUCCCUGCUAUCAGAGCACAGUUUGGACUAUUUGUAGCAGAAGAUGACUGAAAGCCCCCCUAAAAUGUGACGCUUUCCUCACCAGUGGUUUCUCUUUCAAUUUGCCUCCACAGUCACAAACCAUUAUCCUGGAUGUUUUAGAGCUGCAGUACAGUCAGGUUCCGAAGGGAAACCUUUUCUCAAACGGCAAAUGAUUUAUUUGUUCCAACUGCCCUGGUAAUCCAGAGGUGGCUGCACAUCAGUUCUGCUGCGAAUAAAUAAAUAGACCAUGUGUUUAUCGAAAAGGUGCGGAGCCGAUGUUUUCGAACAGCGCGACGAGUUCCUCGGAGUCAUCAGUGUGAAAACAACAACAUCAGGUCAAGAAUUAUUUAUGAAUCUGCCGCCUCCUUCUCAGGCCCCCGUCUAAUGCGUUCUACCCUUGCAGCUCCUUUUGAUUUACUCGUCACAUAUUUAAUCUCCUUUAAAUCAGAGACGGUGUCAUGUGAGUUCUGGGCAUGUUUCCUGAGCCGGAUUCUUUUUUGCCUGUCCCAGAGUGAAUGGCAAGGCCUCUGACAUUAAUGCCAAACCAGAGGCCGGCAUGUUCCUCCGCUCCUCUUUGACAGCCUCCUCUGUUUCCGAGGGCCUGUCAGUCUUUUAGAGUGUACAGUAUGUUACAGUGCCAAUUUCUGCGAGAGCGGCGUGAUCUCCGCACAAUGCUCUCACAGCCUUUUUUUCUGUUUUGUUUGUUUUUUGGAAGAAAAAGCACACUGUCGAAAACAUUUCCUUUAAAUGGUAGUUGAAUAGCAUUUGCUAAUUUUUACGAUGAAUUGUUAUGAUCGUUAUUAAUAUUGUAAUUAUCAGUAGUAUUAUUGAAUAUUUGUUGCACCGCACUGACAGCUACAUGACGUGUAGUGCUACUAAGCCUGUAUGAUACUUAGGAGAAAAAAACAUUUAUAAAUCAUGCAAUUAUUGAUACUAUCUGACUAUUUUUUAAGAAUAACAGUAAGGGUCGGUUUACAUAAUAUAAUAUGAUCCCUUCGGUGGUUGAGGCUUUUUGCAUCAUUGUUUCUGUAAACGGUACUUCAUCGCAUUAGGAAUCAAAACUGUAUUGGACUCAAAUUGUUUUCAGGAUAAUUAUUGUCUUUAUAUCCAAAAUCCACCUGAGACUGACCUCAGGGUGCUCCCACUGACCUCAUCUUAAGGAUAGUGCCAAAUCUGAAACAAGACAUAUAACGGUUAGAGAUGAAUAUUGCAUGGAUUUAUUUCUAUCUUUAGCAGAGAGAACUAUUAUGAUAUGAAAUAUUGCCUCUUCGUUGACUUUCUGGGUGCUACUCUGCACAUAAUAAUCUCCUUGGGGUACGGAUAUGUCGACGAUGUGCAGCUGUAUUCAUGAAUGGUAUUAUCAUUUUGAGAAAAUAAAAUAGCAUUUAAAUAGCAGGCUUUGAAAUCCUUUGAUGGAUGAAAUGAAUUAAAGGAAAAAGGAAA